AUGGACUCAAUACACACAGAUGCUUGCAAAGGCUUAGAGAAAGCAAUCCAUAAUGUCUUCCAAGGUGAUGUUGAGCAUAGGGAGUGUUUUAGGCACAUCAUGCAUAAUUUUAGAAAGCACUUCGAUGGAGAUGUGCUAAAGUACAUGUGGCCUUGUCCUUGGGCAUGUAGUACUAGGAGGUAUCAAUGGCUUUGGGACAAAAUUGGAGAGAAUUGUCCAACAGCAAUUCCUUACUUACAAGCAAAGCACAAACAUCUUUGGUCUCGAGCUAAGUUCUCAGGGGAGUGCAAGGUUGAUUAUGUGAACAACAACAUAUCAGAGUCCUUCAACAACUGGAUUAAAGAUACCAAAGGGUUCCUAGUGGAUGUCCUUGUGGACACAAUUAGGGGUAUGAUCAUGGAAAAGAUAGCUAUGAGGCAGUUUAUAGCUAACAAACUUGAAGGGUCAAUUCUCCCUAGUGUUACAAAUGAGCUGAAGAUGAAGAGUAGAAACUUGAGGUACACAAUUAAGGGGAGUGGUGGUCUCAAGGCUGAGAUAUCUAGAAUGACUAAAGACAACUAUCCUUGGAGGCAUGCUGUGGACCUUAAAAGCAAGACAUGUUCAUGUGGUAUGCCAAGAGUGAAGAGGAUCAAAAGUAAGGGUGUGUCAGGAAAAAGGGGUCCUUACCAAUGCAAAAGAUGCUUCCAGUUUGGGCAUAUUGAGAAGGGUUGUAGUGAGCCACCUACUGAACUCGCUGUUGAAUUGCCACCGGUAGCUCCUACUAAUUCAAGGUAA